AUGGACGAAGGCGCGGUGUACCACGUGAACCCGAACGAAGAUUUAGACGAGGACGACGAGUUAGAUACUCGAAACGGCGGUUUUGAUGAGCACGCAACACUCAUAACGCCGUCUCGAGCGAGAAAGAAAUUCGAAGAUUUCCUGAGAAACUUCAGAGGCCAUCCGAACGAAACCUCAAUCGAUGGACAGCUGAUUUACAGAGACGUGCUCUCCGAAGGAAGGGUACCGGGGACGAUCGAUGUCACGCUGGAUGAUAUCAUCGCACACGACGCGGCUUUAGCGAAGGCGUUGAGAGAUCAACCGAACGUGUAUUUUCCAAUCUUGGAAGACGCGGUGAAAAAGGUCGCGCAGAGUUUACGAGGCGGCGCCGGAAGAGGAGGAGGAGGAGGAGACGAGGAAGACGAGGAAGACGAGGAAGAUCGCGAGGACGACGAGGACGACGACGAGGACGACGUUCGUUCUGCCAUCGAGAGCAUUCACGUCACCAUAUCGUCGCACGAAACGCCUCGAUCGGUGAGAGGAUUAAACUCGAAAGACGUUUCGAGGUUAGUGUGCAUUCCGGGGAUUGUCAUCGCGGCUUCGAGGGCGAAAGCGAAAGCCUCCAUCGUUGGCAUUCAGUGUCAAUCGUGUAAACACGUUCGGUAUUUGCAAAUUCCGCCGGGAUAUGCCUCGGCGCAAAUGCCGAGGACGUGCGAGGCUGGACAAAUGAACAAUCAGCAGAGAGGAAACGAGAACGACGACGAGAAUAAUAACAACAACAACGAUAACAACAACAACAGAAGAGGAUGCGGAUUAGAUCCGUACCAAAUGCUUCCGGAUAAGUGUAAGUUCAUCGAUCAGCAAUCGUUAAAGUUGCAAGAAAACCCGGAGGAAGUCCCGGCUGGGGAAAUGCCGAGAACGAUGAUGUUAUGCGUGGACCGAAAGUUGGUGCAAAAGAUUGCGCCCGGGACGCGAGUUUCCGUCGUCGGUGUGUACACCAUCGGUUCCGGGAAAACAGAAAAUAAGAAAAGAGACGCAGCUGGUGGUGGCGUCCAGUUGCCGUACAUUCGCGUUCUGGGAUUAAUCGAAGUCAACGAAGGCGCGCGCGGGAACGCGAAAUUUACCGAAGCCGAACACCAAGAGUUUAAAGCUUUCUCGCAAAGGCCGUUUAAAGAGGUCAUCUUAGACAUUCGCUCGAGAAUCGCGCCGGCGAUUUUCGGGUCCGAGGAUGUUAAAAUGGCCGUCGCGUGUUUGAUGUUUUCGGGAAGUCGCAAACAUUUACCCGACGGCGCUCGUUUAAGAGGCGACGUGAACGUCCUCCUCCUCGGCGAUCCGUCCACGGCGAAAUCGCAAUUUUUGAAAUUCGUAGAACGUACCGCGCCGGUGUGCGUGUACACCUCCGGUAAAGGCUCUUCCGCGGCUGGUUUAACCGCCUCGGUCAUAAGAGACUCGAACGGUGAGUUUUACUUGGAAGGUGGCGCGAUGGUCUUAGCCGACGGCGGGUGCGUCUGUAUCGACGAGUUCGAUAAAAUGCGAGACGAAGAUCGCGUCGCGAUUCACGAAGCCAUGGAACAGCAAACGAUUUCCAUCGCCAAAGCUGGAAUUACCACCAUGUUAAACUCUAGAUCUGCGGUGUUAGCCGCCGCGAAUCCUCCCAGUGGACGAUACGACGACCUGAAAACCGCGCAAGAAAACAUCGAUUUACAAACGACCAUUUUGAGUCGUUUCGAUUUGAUUUUCAUCGUUCGAGACGAACGCUUGUACGAACGAGAUAUGGCCAUCGCCGGUCACGUUUUGAAAAUCCACUCGAACGGUGCAAAUGCGAUGAAUAGAAACGGCGGCAAUAACAGAGGAGGAGGAAAUAACGACGAACCUCACUCGGAAGGGAACAAAGAAGACCCGGCGGCGGAGCGCGAACGAAAAUUUAUGAAAAGGUACAUCGAGUAUUGCAGAGCGAAUUGCAAACCAAGAAUCAACGAGCGAUCGAUGAAAAUGUUGCAAGACGCGUACGUGAAAUACCGAGAAGAAAUGCGAGAGCGAAAUAAAUCAGGCAAAGGCACCCCGGCGGUCCCAAUCACCGUCCGCCAACUCGAAGCCAUAACUCGAGUCUCCGAAGCGUUGGCGAAGAUGUGUUUACAAAAAGUCGUCACUGAAGAACACGUCGCGGAAGCGCUCCGCCUCUUCGAAGUCUCCACCAUCGACGCCGCUCGAUCCGGCGUCGCCGGUACCGUCGUCCUCUCCCCCGAACAGCGCGAGGAGUUACAGCUCGUGGAAACGCAAAUCCGUCAAAAACUCGCCAUCGGCGCCACGACGAGUAAAAGACACUUGGUCGAAGACUUGUCUCGCGUCGGCGUCAACGAGUGGGCGGUCAUGAGAGCGCUCAUGGUCAUGACCCAAAGAGGCGAAAUCGUGGAAAGAGCCGAAGGCAGGAGAGUCACCAGGAAACAUUAA